CGCAGAAGCCGCGGCGGAAGCAGGUUCCGCUGCGGCGAGGCGCGGCACGGAGCGGCGCAGGGCGGGCUUUUAAAGGGACCGUCUCCACCCGAGCCCACUCGCCGGCGUGGACUGCUGGCUGUGAAGGUUAGGUGGCCUCAGGAGUCGGGCAGAGUGACCCCCACCCAAAGCACUCUGCACCCGUCUACCUAGUUGGCAUGCUCAGUUAUGGCCAGACCUCCCGCGCACGGUUCGGUGAUUGUCCCAGAAUGGCACGAGACCACCGAGGGUAAGGAGUACUUGGCCUGCAUCCUGCGCAAGAGCCGCCGUCGGGUGUUUGGGCUGCUUGAACGGCCAGUGUUGCCCCCGCCUGUGGCCAUUGACACUGCCAGUUACAAGAUCUUCGUUUCUGGGAAAAGUGGUGUGGGCAAGACGGCGCUGGUGGCCAAGCUGGCUGGCCUGGAGGUGCCCGUGGUGCACCAUGAGACCACUGGCAUCCAGACCACUGUGGUGUUUUGGCCAGCCAAGCUGCAGGCCAGCAACCGGGUCAUCAUGUUCCGCUUCGAGUUCUGGGACUGCGGGGAGUCUGCGCUCAAAAAGUUUGAUCACAUGCUGCUGGCUUGCAAGGAGAACACAGAUGCCUUCCUCUUCCUCUUCUCUUUCACUGACCGUGCCUCCUUCGAAGACCUGCCUGGACAGCUGGCCCGGGUAGCAGGAGAGGCCCCUGGUGUCGUCAGGAUGGUCAUUGGCUCCAAAUUCGACCAGUACAUGCACACAGAUGUGCCUGAGCGGGACCUCACAGCCUUCCGGCAGGCCUGGCAACUGCCCCUGCUGCGGGUGAAGAGUGUGCCUGGGCGGCGGCUGGCUGAUGGGCGCACGCUGGAUGGGCGGGCUGGGCUGGCCGACACUGCCCAUGUGCUCAAUGGCCUUGCUGAGCAGCUGUGGCAUCAGGACCAGGUGGCAGCUGGCCUGCUUCCCACCUCUACAGAAAAUACCCCCAGCUGAGGGGUGGCAUCAUGAGAGGACACCUAUGAUCCCCACUCCCAACCUUUAUGUGACCCGGACCAGAGGGCAGCACCGAGGGCCUCCUGCUGGGGUGGAACACUGACCCCUCCUGAGGGCUGGCCACCAAGGGCCCGCUGCAGCGGCACCUUCUUUGCAGAGUACUUGGCUGUGAGUGGGGCACAGGGCUUCAGGCAGGGCCCGGAGCUCAGCUGUCUCCCCAGCCUCCUGCUACCCUUCCCCCUUCUGCAGCACCCAGCUUGGGGUGGACUGGGGGAGGGAGGCCGAGCAGGACCUGGACCUCACAUGCCUUCAGCCAGGCACCUUCUUAAUUGAAGUCACAUGAUCUGCUGUAACAGAUAAACCCUGAAGCCUUGGUGGCUUAACUCUAGAAAGUGUUUUUUUCCUUGGGGCUGGGGCUGGGGCUGGAGCUGGGGCUCAGCGGUAGCGCACUUGCCUGGCAUGUGUGAGGCACUGGGUUCGAUUCUCAGUACCACAUAUAAAUAAAUAAAAUAAAGGUCUAUCAACAACUAAAAAAAAUAA